AUGUCAACUGAAACGAAAGCGGGCAAGAUCUUCGCCGAUGCUGUCGCUAAGCAGGGCAGCGAGAACGACCUAGCGCUUCCCCGUGACGAUACGCACAAGCAGAAAAUCUUCAUCAUAGGCAUCUGCUCGGCUGUUGGCGUGAUCAUCCUCCUCGCCUCGAUCUAUUUAUACUGCGGGAUUGACCGGAAAUGCUCUGGCUGCAAACGACCCAUCAAGUGGUGGCAAUCACGAAAGGUCGGCACAGAUUACGAAGAUACUGUCUACCAUAGGAUCGGCUGUUACGACGAGCGUAUGACUCGUAAAUGGGAUGCGGGCCGUGAUACGGCUCUGAGGAAGACAAUGCGGGAGGAACGGCUGGCGGAAGAGGAUGAAGCGCAGCUAGAGCGAGAAAGGAAGAUGGGCUUCCCGGAUAGGGUCUAG